AUGCGGGUAUGGUCACAUGAAGUAUAUGCGGGGAAAAAGUCUUUGGGAGAGGUAGAUUGGAAAGGGAAACGUGUGUUUGUACGGGUGGAUUAUAACGUGCCUUUGCGAGGUGGUGAAGUCCUCGAUCGGGCUAAGAUUCAAGGAACAAUUCCGACGUUGCAGUUCUUGCUCCGGAAGGGAGUUGAACGACUGAUUAUUGGCACGCAUUUGGGACGGCCUGAAUGUGUGGCUGAUCCAAUAUCAAGUGCUGUUUCGGGUGGGGUUGAGCCGGUUAUUGCGGCUCUUAAUGAAGAGUUAGUGCUGGCUGGAGAAAGUGUGCAGUUUAAGUUAGUGUUCAUGCGGGGGGAAGAGAUAGGGGAAAAGUGGGGAGUAGUGCAGAACUUAAGGACUUUGCGUGUAGAAAAGUCAGUGGGGGAUGCAGUUAGUAAGAAACUGUUUGAUCAGUUUAUAGCUAUGAACUGUGAUAUUAUGGUAAGUGAUGGGUUUGGAGUGCUGCAUCGGAAAGACUACUCGGUGGUGGGAGUGAAGUUGGAGAAAAUUCCCGGACUGUUAGUGGAUGCCGAAAUGCAAGGCAUAAGCUUUCUACUGGGGAAUGUAAGGCCAUUAGAGGAAAGAUCGCCGGGAGCGGUUAGUAAGAAGGAGAUAAGCCAGUUUUUAGCAGUAGCUAAUGAUCCAAGUAGGUUUAAAGCAAACACGGGUAAACCAAUAGACUUGCUGAUUAUUGGCGGGUGUAAGCUAGAAGAUAAGAUUGGGUUAGUGAAGAACUUAGCAGGUAUUGCAGCUAAUAUCUUCUUAGGUGGACUACUGGGCACACCUUUUCUCAAUAAGAUUCCUGAUCGGGAUGUAGAGGAGAUUAUUGAGCGAACAAGUCAAGAAGGAACAUCGGUCUUUUUACCGGUAGACUACCGAUUAGCCGAUCAGCGGACUGUGCUAGCUAGUAAGAUCUUAGAAACAGAGGUGGAAGAGGUUCGUGAUAUUGGUGAAGCCUCGGGAAAGUUACUCGGGUCUUUAAUAAAACGGAGUCAGCGCGUGUUCUGGAAUGGCACACUAGGCAUGGCCGAAAAGACUGAGUACGAGCAGGGCACCAAACAGGCCUUAGAGGCCAUUCAGAACCAAAAACACAGCUUACAGCAGCAAGAAGCACAAACAAUGUUCUGUGCCGGAGGAGGAGACACGUCAGGGUAUAUCCAUCGGGCCGGAUAUACUAGUGCAUUCGAUUUUGUCUUUACCGGCGGCGGUGCCACUCUUGAAGCUCUAGAAGGCAAGAUUCUUCCCGGGAUUGAUGCCCUCGCAGAUAGGCUUUAA